AUGGAAACCAAAAAAUUGAUUGGUAAAUCGCUUCAACCAGCAAGACCUGUUCGACAUCUGGCUUCUUCUCCCUCUGGAGCAGUAUUCCCUUUCAACUUUCAAAAUGAAUAUCCAUGCAACACUCAGUACUUGCAAAGUGGAGUUAGCCGAUGUAAGGCAAAUGGAAUGCAGGCCUUUUCUCAGGGUCUCGGUGAGCAACCGCAACAUCAGUCUCCAGUUAAAAAAGAGAGAAUUAAAUACAGCAGAGAUUUCCUAUUGAAGCUCUCAAGUGUUUCCAUCUGCAGGAAAAAACCAGACUUUCUGCCUGAUCAUCCCAUUGUACUGCAAAAACCAGAAAACAACCAAAGUUUUAAGGAACACUUUAAGAACAGAUGA